CAUUUUUUCUCUUUGACAGGUAUUUGAAAAAUGGAAAGAAGAUAAAGAUCAAAAUCUAAAAGGAACUUUACAGAAGCAAAAGCAAAUUAAAAGAGAGAAAAAGGAAAAAGAAAAAGAGCAAGUCACUGAACGAAAGAAUGAAAAUGCUUCAGCUUUUAUGAAAUGGAAUGAAAAUAAACAAAUAGUACUGAAACAAAAGAAGAAAGUGAUUGCAAAAGAUGAGCAGAAAAAGAAAAUUGAAGAAGAAUAUACAAAAACUGGAAGAGAAGAGAUGGCAGCACUGGUGUAUGAGAAAUGGCUGGAACAGAAAGACAAAAAGGAAAAGAAGCAAAAGAAAAUCAAGAGUGCUUCAUACAGCGACCCACCUCCUCCCUGGAGCCCCCCUAAUAAAACAAUACCAUUUAGAAAAUGAACAUUAUUAUAACUGGUAAACAGGCAGUGGAAUUCAGAGAGCAAAUUAUUGCCAAUUAACAAUGUUUUAUAAAAGUAUGGUUUUAAGAAAGAA